AUGCUAGUGGCUGGUUCUAAUCUUCUGGGCAAUAAUUUGGAAGAAAAUAAGUUGAUUUUGCGACAAAGAUCACCGUCCACAUCGUCUUCAUCGUCAUCAUUAUUUUCUAGGUCAUCUUCUCGCUCAUUUUCUUGUACAAAAUGUAAUUCAGACGAUUCCAAAAAUAGAGAACUAGAAGACUGUAAUCCAGAACUCAAUAACAUAAUAAGUUUAAAUGCAGAUAUCCACGACCUCAGCCUAGAAAAUAAAACCAAAGAAAAUAAGGUCAGC